AUGUCUGACCAAGGGAAAUACAAUAACUGGACCAAAACCGGUCUCAUUCAGAGAGUCAAGGAGUUGGAGCAGCAGCUACAUGUGGCCACAUCUUUGGUGCCCAGUUCAACACAGGAUCAAACCUCUUCACAAGAGAAACACAAACAACCGCGACGAGAAGGAGAUGAAGUUGCUCCGCCAGUCAAGAAGCCCAGGGCCAAGAAGAAGAUGGACCCGUCAAAGUAUUCCACACGGUACAUUGCCCUGAAGCUGGCGUACCUGGGCAAAAACUACGGCGGCUUCGAGUUCCAGGCCAUGGGCAACCAGCCGUCCAUCGAGGAGGAGCUGUGGAACGCCCUGACCAAGGCGUGCCUCAUCUUUCCCGAGGACGAGAAGCUUGUUGAUUUUGACUGCUGCGAGUACUCAAAGUGCGGCCGGACGGAUCGUGGAGUUAGUGCUUUUGGGCAGCAGCAGCAGCAGCAGCAGCAGCAGCAAGAGGAAGUGAAGUCUUUUGACGACAUCCGCGACGAGAUCCCCUAUCCCCACGUCCUCAACCGCCUACUCCCCAAGGAGAUCCGCAUCCUCGCCUGGUGUCCCUCGCCGCCUCCCGACUUCUCAGCCCGCUUCUCGUGUAGGGAGCGUCAGUACCGGUACUUCUUCACCCAGCCCGCCUUUGCCCCGACGCCCUCUCACGUGGAAGGCGUCCCGAUGAAGCAGAGGACCAGGAAGAUUAUGAAAUCCGGCUGGCUAGAUAUCGAAGCCAUGCGCGACGCGGCGAAGCGGUACGAGGGCGAGCACGACUUCCGCAAUCUCUGCAAGAUCGACCCGGCCAAGCAAAUCACAAACUUCAAGCGCCGCAUGUUCGAGUCGGACAUUGUCGAGGUUAAGGAUGCCGCCUCUGCCCUGCCGUACCUCAAGGCCGCUGGCUUCGCCCCUGAAGAUUUGGCCUUGAACUCCGGCGAAGUGUAUCCAAAGGUUUACUACUUUCAUGUUCGCGGCUCUGCUUUCCUGUGGCACCAGAUCCGCCACAUGGUUGCCGUGCUGUUUCUCGUCGGCCAGGGCCUCGAGCAGCCGUCGCUGGUGAGCGAGCUGCUCGACGUGGAAAGGAACCCGCGCCGCCCAAACUACGUCAUGGCCGACGAGGUGCCCCUGGUUCUCUGGGACUGCAUCUUCCCGUCCGACCUGAGCCAGUCCACGGCGGCCCAUCGCGAGGACGACGCGCUGCAGUGGGUGUACGUCGGCGACGACGGGCCGAGCGGGCGGUUCGGCCAGUUUGGCAUCAUGGACGACACUUGGCAGAUGUGGCGUGAGCGAAAGAUGGAUGAGAUCCUUGCUGGCCAACUACUGCAGCACGUCUCACAGCAGGGCAAUAAUGGCAGCACGGCAGCCAGGGCGGCGCCGGCUAGCAGCGCCAACAGCACAAAGGUCUUUGAGGGGGGUAACGGCGGGAGGCUGAGCGGCAAGUAUCCUGGCGUUAUGAAGAUGAAGCUGCUCGAGUCUGCGGAUGAGCAGAAUGACAAGUAUGCGAAGCGAAAGGGAUACGCUGACGCAGAGGACAUGAGGGCGAAAAAGGGGUUCAGGUCCAACAAGGAGCAAGACGGCGAUACCCCCAUGGCCGAUGAGUAA